AUGUCCCCCAUCCGCGUUGCCCUAAUCGGCCUCUCCGCCAACGCGACCACCUCGUGGGCCAGCGCCGCCCACCUGCCCUACCUCCUCUCGCCGCGCGGACGCGCCCGCUUCCGCAUCGUCGGCCUGCUCAACUCCACCGCCGACAACGCGCGCGCCGCCAUCGACGCCUUCGGCCUCGGCGGCGGCGACGGAAACGAAAACGAGCCCCGCGCCUACGCCUCGCCCGACGAGCUGGCUGCUGCUGCUGCGGCGCGCGAGGUCGAUCUGGUGGUGUGCGUCACGCGCGUCGACAGGCAUCUCCUGACGGCCGGGCCGGCUGUUGCGGCGGGCGCGGACGUGUUUGUCGAGUGGCCGCUCGCCGGGGAUGAGGCGGGCGUGGCGGAGCUGGUGCGGGUUGCGCGGGAGAAAGGGGGGAGGACUGUUGUGGGCGUGCAGGGGAGGCUGGCGCCUGUGGUGAGGAAGUUGGCUGAGGUGGUAGCGUCGGGGCGGGUGGGGAGGGUGCAGAGCGUUGAGGUCAGGGCUGCGGGGGGCACGAAUGAUAGGGAUGUGCUGCCUGUUGGGCUGGAGUAUUUCACGAGGCUGGAGGUUGGGGGGAAUCCUUUUACUAUUGGGUUUGGUCAUCUCUUCGACUUCGUCCAGUCCGCCGUCGGCGACGUGACGGACAUCCAAUCCCGCCUGCAGCUACAGCGGCCGGACGUCAAGAUCCGCGACCCCGAGACCGGAACCAUCAUCCGCACGGUCAAGUCGGACGUGCCUGACCUCAUCAUUGUGACGGGCACGCUGGCGGCCUCGCAGACGGUGCAGCCGGGCGCGACGCUCUCCAUCACCUUCCGCCGCGGCCAGCCGUACCCGGGGGACCCGCCGCUGGUGUGGACCGUCCACGGCGAGAGGGGCGAGAUCCGCCUCGUGGCCCCCGGCGGCACGUCGCUGCACGCGAACGCGUACUCGGAGCCCGUGACGGUCGACGUGCACGACUUUGCCACGGGCAAGGUCGAGCGCGUCCCGUGGGAGUGGGCGCCAUGGCAGGAGGAGCUGCCCGUCGUCGCGCGGAGCGUCGCGGCCCUGUAUGAGGCGUAUGCCGAUGGGGAUGCCACUAAGUAUCCCACUUUUGAGGACGCGCUGGUGCGCCAUGAGCAGUUGCAGAGUAUUAUAUCGGCCUGGUCGGCUUGAUCUUUGCGUAUCAGCUAGUCUUGUGCGUAAUUAGCCCGAGGAUAUGGGAUACGAGACCCCAUUCGGGAGGCACUUCUACGGCACUCCCCUCUUGUCGCCGAAAAUGAAUACCUAUUGUCCAUCUAGGUUAGUCAGGGUCAGCUUGGCGAGGGGAAUAAAUGGAGAUAAAUAUAAAUUUACUGCAAUUUGAUCCGCGUGUAGGCAAUUCGACCGG